ACAGUGUUUUCAGCGCGACUCAGCUUACAACUUCCAGGACUCGCUAUGGUCGCUUGAGUCGGACGGAAACGUCCUGCCUCGGUCACCGUUUGUUCAAAGUCGUUUGAAGGAACAUUUCGAAAUAAACUUUCAGCUUCAGUUUCUAAAGUUUAUGUCAAUAAACGAGGAUGCAGCCCCCGCCGAGAAAGGUAAGGCUCACCCAGGAGCUCAAACACACUCAGGCCGAGCAGAUGAGCCAGCUACAGAUAAAGCACCAGACAGAAUGUGACCUUCUGGAAGACCUGAGGACUUUCAGUCAAAAGAGGGCAGCUGUAGAGAGAGACUACGCCCAGGCACUACAGAAGUUGGCAAAUCAGUAUCUGAAGAGGGAUUGGCCAGAAAGUGUGGCAGAGAAACCAGCAGAUCACAGAAACAUGUUCUGUGUGUGGAGGGCGUAUUUGGAGGGUACAGUCCAGGCCACCCAGUUCAGAGUCGGUGCCUGUGAGAACUAUAAAGUCCAGGUGGCAGACCCGGCAAAGACAGCCCGAUUGCAGAAGGAGCAGCAACUCAGGAAGUGCAUCGAGCAGCUGACGGCCAUCCAGGCUGAGCUGCAGGACUCGGUGAAGGAGCUGACCAAGAGCAGGAAGAAAUACCAGGAGGCCGAGACCAUGGCCCAGGCUGUCCGAGAGAAGACCGACCUCGAAACCAAGUCAAAACUAAGUCUCUUCCAGUCGAGGUCAAGUCUCCACAGAGCCACGUUAAAGCUGAAAGCCAAGAGGAGCGAGUGCAACUCCAAAGCAACCCACGCCAGGAACGACUACCUUCUGACCCUGGCAGCURCUAACGCUCACCUGCAGCGGUACUACACCACAGACCUGGUGGACUGCAUCAAGACCUUAGACGGCAGAAUCCACGAGCAGGUCAAAGAUUACCUGGUUUCACUUUGUCAGACCGAGCUGGAGACGCAACAGGCCGCCCACAACACCUUCAACCAGAUCCUGAGCUGCUCCAACGGGGUCCUCCAGGAGUUUCACCAGCAGACGUUUGUGCAGAAGAACCUCAUGUUUCAGCAGCCGUCAGGUUUCCUGUACCAUCCUGUCGACUCAGAUACGGUGAUGCAGCUGCAGAGGGAAAGUGGGACAGCAGAAGAGCACAACUUGGACAAGGAGGCGAGGAAGUGGGCGAGCCGUGUGGCCCGAGAGUAUAAGAGCAUCAUCCACACACAAAAGGCCUUGGAGGAGUACGGGAGUCAGGAGGCGUUGGAGCAGAACAGCAGCGACCUCGAGACCAAGAUGGAGGUGGCGAGACGGAGCCUUCGGCGGGCCGAGACGGUGAAAGUGAAAGCCGAGGCCCGUCUGGACCAGCUGAGGCAGGCGGGAGUUGCUGUGGAAACAUGGCUGAAGAGCGCGAUGAACCAGGUGAUGGAGGAGCUGGAGAACGAGCGCUGGAACAACCUGAAUACCCACGAUCCUUCGCUCUCCGGAACAGCAGAUUUGGAGCGAGAGGAUGAGGAGGAGAUGGAGGACAGCGGGGAGGUGCUGGACGACAGCAGCUCCAGCCCCUCGAGCACCUUGAAAAACUACCCGCUCACCUGCAAAGUGCUUUACUCCUACAAGGCAUCUCAGCCAGACGAGCUAACCAUCGAGGAGCAGGAGAUCCUGGAGGUCAUUGACGAUGGAGACAUGGAGGACUGGGUCAAGGCCAGAAACCGCAGCGGACAGGUGGGUUACGUCCCAGAGAAAUACCUGCAGCUGCCCUCCUCCAACAGUUUACUCAGCAUGCUGCAGACUCUGGCUGCUCUGGACGCACGAUCCCAUUCCUCCAGCAACUCCACUGAACCCGAGACCGAACUCCAAACCAGCUCAGUCAACGGAGACUCCAGCGUGUCGUUUGCGAAGGCCUUGUACGACUACGCGGGACAAACGGACGAAGAGCUGUCAUUUCCAGAAGGCGCCAUCAUCCGCAUCCUGAACAGAGAAACCCACGAGGACGACGGCUUCUGGGAGGGAGAGUUCAACGGCAURGUUGGCGUCUUCCCUGCGGUGCUGGUGGAGGAUCUCUCGGGGGUCAGCGAGAACGGAGACGGGCAGAGAGAAGGCAGCGCUCAGGCGUCUCCAUCGUCUUCGGCGCAGUGCGACCGCUCCCAAUGCAGCCCCUUCCAGUCAGCGCCCCUCCACAGCAGCCCCCUUCAGACCCCCACCACCUCUUCUCCCGGGUCGAGCCCCUGCAGCGCCACCGCCUCUCCCAUCGGCAGACUUCCCUCCUACCACAACGGAAACCACCGGCCGCCACCGGCUCCUCACAAGAGCCCGUAUCACAGCCCUGCUCAAGGAUCCCCUCAACCUCCUAAAUACCCAGAGAGUGCAGCUGGCACCAUCAGACCUGUCCGAGCCGCUCCUCCGCCCCCGAAGCAGCAUCCUCGCGGACAGGUGAAGCCUCGGGAGGAGGUGGAGAUCACGCUGGUGUGAAACCGGCCGAGAACUCGUUGGCAAAGGAAAUGACGCCUGGAGGCACCAGAGACCCCCACGCUCAGACCUCGUAGGUCGGUGUGCCGUGGAGGAUUAUUCACUAAAUUCAGUUCUUUAAACUCACCCAGUCUGUGUCCUGCCAUCGACGUUAACAGGGUCAGUAAACAUCCAGCCACUGUCUGGGUUUAAACAUACAGUGUAAUUCAUUUUUUUCAGUUUCUGUUAGUUUGCAUCAGACUAAUUAGUUCCUUUUAGCAGCAUCAAUAGAUGCAGUAGCUAUUAAAGCUCAUUACCUCCUGGUUUCUCAGCAGUUUUCCUGCAGAAAAUAAAAGUCCUUAAAGUUGAACUGUUCCUUUAACUGGCCUGACUCGGCUCCAAAAGACACCGUAGAAACUCCCGUGUUUCUUCCUCAUCUCUAACCAUGUUGAUUGACUCUGAGGGUUGUUACUGUACCAGCUCGGCCCACUGCAGAGGUCACUUCCACACACCAGAGCUCCACGUGGGACCGCAGCUCCAGCACGGGCGAGGCUGGUCCUCUGCACCGUCACUGGAAACGGUUACACAAACAAGGGAAAAGUGGCAAUUCUAGUUGUGAUUGUUCAGAUAACAGAUCUUUUAUCGUUUACUGUUCGCCUUUUCCUUGUUAUUUUUAUUUGCUCAUCGUGUUUAGAUUCAGUUUAAGAACUCAGUAUACACAGACUUAGUCCAAGUUUUGGUCCUUUUUUUUUUUGUAACGUACGGAUUUAGUUGUUAUGACACAAACGAUGCCAGUAUUGGCUGCUGGUUCGGUGUCGGUUUACACUAACAUCAUGCAGUUUAAAACACCUGAAGGAGGAAACCAUCGGAGCUGCUAGCUGUCCAGUUUAAAACCUAUAAUGUCAUAGUGAAGCACUUUUAAAUGUCUUUUUAUUCCCUUUCAGUAUUGUUGAUGUUUAAAGUUUGUUUACCAACUGUAUUGAUAUAAAACUUUACUUUUAUCAGCUCUUAUGUUAUUUAGCCUUUAUUAGCCACCAUAGUGUCUUUAAGAGUCUGACUUUUUGACCAUAUUGUUUUUGAAAACUCAGACGUUUACAGAGAGCUUGGAGAUGGAUAUCUGUACAAUUAUUAGUAUUUUUUCUUUUUAUUAGAAUUAGUAGAAAAACCUUUUAAAACAAUAGUUCAGUUUGAUCAGAGAUAUCUGUCAGCCUUGCUGCUGUGUUCUCGUUGAUCUCCUUGAGAUCUAAAUGACAUCAAACUUAUUUUUGAAGUUUGCAUUUACCCUGUUGUAUUAAAAAAUAAACCUGAAGUCUCUUGUCCAUCAGAGACAUUGUUGUUAACCUGCUACUGGUCCUGGUUUCACGUCGGGUCCAAAGCUGAAUUUCAGUGAUGAAAAUGCCCACAUUUCAUGUCUGCUCUGCAGAAACUGCAGAUCAUCAAAUUUACACACCAGUGGAUGUUUGACUGUAUUUAUUGUGUACAAAAAUGUGAAAUAAAGAUAGCAAAAAUGAAACAAACAUG